AUUGUAACUCAAACAUUGUUUUUUCAAAUCCAGCUGGAGGUUUAGAAGUUAAACACGUUUUAACUACAUAUGCAGAUGUUUGUGCAAAAAUAAAAGAACAUGAAAUGCUGUACACAGUGCAUUACGUUGUAGCUUUCAAAAAAAAUAUGGAAAAAAAUAUUGAAGACAUUAUGAAGAAAAAUCACAAGGUAUAUUUUGAGCAUAAAGAUUAUCCCUACACAGGGAUACCCUUCAUUAUUUCAUCAUGUUGUACUCUUGACUGCCAACAAGGAAAAGAUAAAAAUUGUGCAUCAAAAUCUAAAAACAGAAUGAAAAAAAACCUAGAAGCUGCAACAGAUCAUUCUUGCCAGAAAAAGCGAAUAUUUUUGCAGGAUACCAAGAAAUUUGAUUGUCUCGCCAACAUUACUAUAAAAGAAAUAAUAGAAUUCCCUGAUUUUAAGCUAGAAAGAGAUUCUUUAUAUCUAAGAAGAGAAGCUUCAAAGAAACUGCACUCAGUUUUAGCUACUCAAAAUAAGUUUACUAUACUUAGAAAAUAUAUCUUAUUGUUACCAGACAUUUCUGUUCAUAAUAAUCAUCUAAUUAAUGAUGAGGCAGGUCUUAAUCAGCCCUUAUCGAAAGAAAUCAUUAAUAAAAUUGGUGAACUUGUUAAAAACGGUGUCAUUUCAGUUCCAGAAAUGAGGCGUCAUCUGAAUACCUUUGUUCAUAUGCAAUUUAUCUCAAAUAACAUUCCAAAGAAAUCCAACAAACGAUUUUUUCCACGAGAUGAAACAAUUGCUAAUCAUAUAAAGAAAGCUAGACAAAAUCUUCGUAGAUCUAUGAUAGAUCAAGAAUGUUUGCGUGAAAAGAUCAUCGAAUGGAAACAUUACUUUCCAGAUUCCAUGAUAUUGUUUAGACCAAAAGGUGAAUGCAAUCCUGACGAAAAGGGUCAGAAUCUUCAAGAUUCUUUUUUAUUUGUAUAUCAAGAUGCAUGGCAACAAAGAUUACUCUUACGAUAUGGGAAUGAGCUUGCCUUUCUGGAUGCAACAUAUCGUACAACUCGAUAUGCUCUUCCACUUUUUUUUCUUGUUGUUAAAACAAACAUCGAUUACCAAAUAGUUGCCAUUUUUGUGUGUGAAAAUGAAACAACUGAGGCAAUUACAGAAGCACUAAUGUGCAUUAAAGACUGGAAUCCAUCAUUUCAACCAACUUAUUUUUUUACGGAUUACAGCAAUGAAGAGAUAAACUCACUUGAAUCAGUUUUUGUUGGAUGUCGAGUGCAUAUCUGUGAUUUUCAUCGUGAACAAGCUUGGGAACGAUGGCUUUCCAAAAUUGCUAAUGGGUGUUGCUUGGUGAAAAAUAUAGUUAAGGAAAAACUUCGUGCUAUUGCAUAUGCAAAAACUGACGAAAUUUGCAAAAAAGAGGUUCAAGAAUUAGAGGAGUCACAAGAGUUUCAAAAUAACCCAAAAUUGUCAGAAUAUUUAAAACACACUUGGUUGUGUAUUCAAAAGAGAUGGGUGUUUGCUUACAGGCAAGAUCGGCUCUUGCUAAAUGUCAACACCAACAAUGGCAUUGAAAGACAAAACCAAUCUUUCAAAUACAGUUUCCUGGAAAAAAGAAAAAAUUCUUCACUAACAUCUAUGCUUAGUAUUUGCAUCGAAGAGUUCCUUCCCCACAAUUAUGACAGCUACUGUGAUAAAAAUAGAAUGGCCCAUUCAUCAUACCGGAAAUACAAUAACAAUAUACCAGAGUAUUUAAUUAAUCGUCCACACCCUUUAGUCAAGCAUUGCAUGAGAAUGAUAGAUAAAUUACAAGGUGUUGACUUGCGAGGAAUAGUAUCUGUAGGUGAACAGUUGUACAAUGUUGCUUCGUUCAAUUUAAAUAGUAGAGAAAUAUACCAAUGCUACCUUGGUGAUGCCAAAAAUAUGCCGACUUGUUCUUGUCCAAGUUGGUUUGAUACCGCAUAUCCAUGUAAACAUUUUUUUGCUAUUUUCCUUAAAGAAAACCUCACUUGGUCAGCGUUUGGUACCAUAUACUCUGACUCACCCUAUUUCAAACUAGAUUUAUUUCCAGAUGAAAAAGAACCUGCAGAGUUGGCUAAAGGGUUUUCAAAUUCCACCGACACUUUGUUGCAAAACAAUCUUUUAGCACAUGAAAGAUCACUGCAAGGUCUACCAGUUAAGUCAUGUGUGCAGAUGGUAGAAAGUGUUCAAUUAAUGAACACAACUAAUACCCUUGGUUAUACUGAACGAAGUUGCAAUCUACAAAUCAAUAAACAUACUGCUGAAAAAUGUCGUGAACUUUUAAAUGAAAUUAGACAAAUGACAUAUUUAUGCAGCUCUCAAGUAGCCAUUGAUAAUUUGUUUGAAGAGCUUUGUUGUCUUAAAAAAAACUUAGCAGAACAUCUCCCAGCUGAACAAGGGAUUCUCCUGCGUCUAGAAAAUAAACCAGAUAUUUGGAACAAGUCUCAAUCAAAUUUACCUAGCCUUUGUCAGCUACCAGUAAAACGCAAAAGGAAAAUGAUUAAACGAGUUGGCAAAAAGUAUGACAUGUAUAAAACAGCCUCUGAUAUUAAUGUUCUAGAAAAUAAGAAAUCUUGUAUUUUUGAAAUAAUUACAAGUCACACUAUUGAUGAUAAUUGUAAAAUAUUUACAGUUCCCAAUGAUUUUAUUGCAAUUGAAGAAAUUUCGUCAGAUGAUUCCCAUGAGUUGUUAGAGUCUACUGCAUUUGAUGUCAAUAAAGAACAUCAAAGCAAUUUACAGCAUAUAAAACAUCUGAAAUCUUCUUUGAUUGGAAAUAUAGAAUUGAAUGAAAUUGAAAAAGAACAAAUGCUUAAUGAUAACACUAUUCACUUUUGUCAGCAAAUUAUGUCAGUACAAUUGGGUAUCAAUAUUGGUUUGCAAGAUCCAAUUAAAGGAAAAGUUCUUUCGUUUGAGAUUCUGAAGAGCAGUCCGUUUGUUCAAAUUCUACAUGAUGGAAAUCUCCACUGGGUUUGUGUAACCACGUAUGAUUGCAAUCCAGGGGAGAUAUACAUUUUUGACAGUCUUUUUUGUGGUUCGGUUUCCUACGACACGAAAAAGCAAAUAUGCUCCAUUUUACAUACAGAGCUAAAAUAUCUUGUAAUAAAAGUAUUACCUGUGCAACAACAAACUAAUGGUGUUGAUUGUGGGCUUUUUGCUAUUGCCUGGGCUAGACAAAUUCUUGAAACAAAGGGUAUACCUUCAACUGCAAUGACAUUUGACCAAAAACAAAUGCGGAAGCAUCUACUACAUUGUAUAGUGAAUAACCGGUUAGAUGUUUUUCCUACCGCUGUUAAUCCAAAUGUGUUUCGCAGAUGUGCAGCAAGGACAUUGCGGGUUCUUCUACAUUGCUCUUGUCGCAUGUUUUGGUCUCCUAAAGACGAUAAAAUCUUCAACAGACAAAUGGCUGAAUGUAACACUUGCAAAAAAUGGUAUCAUCGUGAAUGCGAACGAAUUCCAUUAAGUGCCUUUGAAAAAGAAGAUGAACUUUGGAAUUGUUACAGCUGUAACAGAAGUUUGUCAAUAUAUUGAGGCUUUUUUGAGGUUGUAUUGUAAUUAUAACCUCAAAUGAUGCAAUCUGCAAGUAAUUUAAAAACACUUGUCAAUAUUCCUAAAUUAUUUCACUUUUGUUGCUAAUUAAUCAUAGAUUAGUUUUUUCCGGAAAUUCCCGGAAUUCCAGAAAUUCACUUAAAACACCUUUAAUUUUUCCAGAAAUUUCCGGAUGUUUUUUGAAAAAAAGUUAAUAUAUUUUUGCAUAAAAUGUUACAUACGACCACUUUUGCAUUUAAACAAAUAUGUUUUCUAUAAUUGAAAUUUGCACCAGAUCAAUUUUCGUAACAAUUAUUUGUCUUUUUCUUUUUUUUUUUUUGCUUUUCAAUUCAUUCAAACUUUUUCGAAUAUUAUAAAUCUCUUUU